ACUGCAAAUUAAAUACCUAUUACCUACUGUGGUAAACAAUCCAAAUUUUAACCUAAACCAGCGAAAACUGUAUGUUUUAUCAAUAUGUUUAGAGUUUUCCUUCGUACCAGCCGUCGGCUGGCACGGUGGCAAAGUGCAAUUACGCCAUCAAUUUGCAGAAGUUGGGAUAUUAAAUUAAAAUCCUAUCAAAUUCAUAGCGUAACGAAUCGCAUGUACAGUGCCCAAAAUAUUCAGCCUGACUUGGAUCCUGUUGUUUUCGAAAAAGUGUGCAAUGAAACAUUAGAAUCUCUGUAUGAAUAUUUCGAAGAACUGAUCGACCAGUCAUCUAAUUUGAAAGGAGCUGAUGUUACUUUUAGUGAUGGGGUCCUAACAGUAGCCCUAGGACCAAACUAUGGCACCUAUGUCAUAAAUAGACAAACACCUAACAAGCAGAUUUGGUUAAGUUCACCUACAUCUGGCCCCAAACGAUAUGAUCUAAUAUUAGACAAUGGGGGAUAUUGGAUUUAUAAACAUGACGGAGUGACUUUACAUAAACUUUUGCAGCAAGAAAUAUCAAAAAUAUCCAGCAACGCAGAUUUCAAAACGUGCACCCACGCUUUAGUUUAAUAUUGGCACUGUAUAUAAUUUAUUGUAAUAUAAGUAGGUAUUCAAUUCU